AGGAGCCAAGGUUUCUCUUCUUUUAUUUUUUUCCUCGGUAUCAUCAUCAGUUAUAUAGCUAUUAAACUCUGUUUCUUCCAACAAUACAUAUCCAUUCGAAAAAACAUGACCAUGGAUAUACCUUCUAUACCAGCGCCUUCGCAUUCACGAUUCACUUCACUUUUUCGUGUUCACAAUUAUGCUUCGCCGCCUAUACACGAUCAUAAAUUGACAACACCCAAUGAUUUUGGCCUUGCAGCGUGUUCAAAACCGAGCAAAAGCAACAGUUGGUGGCCCACACAUAAAACCGGGUCUACCAAACGAUCUUACACUAGUAGCAAAACGUUGGUCGAAGAUCCUGUGGACAGCGUGUACGGUUCACGAUUCUCCGCCAAAAGCGCGAUAUCCAUGACACCGACGUGCGUGCCGACCCUCGGUCAUUCCAGCACUAGCAGUAUCAGUAGCAGCAUCUGUAGCGGUGUCAAAACAAGUGACGACACACUUUCCUCUGAUCGUCCUCCUACUAUGCGUAUGCGACCACAACCACAUUUGCGACGAUCCUAUGCUGCCAACAGUGUAAAAGUUCGCGAAGUUCAAGUGGGUCCCGGAAGUUUUAGCAAGAUCCGAUUGCUGGGAAAAGGGGAUGUUGGCCAUGUGUACCUGGUGAAACAAAAAGGAACCGACAAACCAUUAGCCAUGAAAGUUUUGUCCAAAAAGGAAAUGAUCCGCCGAAACAAAGUGAAGCGAGUAUUGGCGGAACAAGAAAUCUUGGCAAGCUCAAAUCAUCCCUUUAUUGUUACACUCUAUCACUCUUUUCAGAGUCAGGAUCACCUUUAUUUCGUUAUGGAAUAUUGUAUGGGUGGCGAGUUUUUUCGAGCAUUACAAGCUCGUCCCGGUCGAUGUCUAAACGAACAAGAUGCGAAAUUUUAUGCUGCCGAAGUCAUCGCUGCACUUGAAUAUCUUCAUCUGCAAGGUUUCAUCUAUCGCGAUCUCAAACCGGAGAAUAUAUUGUUGCAUCAAAGUGGACAUCUUAUGCUUUCGGACUUUGAUUUAAGUAAACAAUCUUUUCCGCCGGGCGCUCCUGGCAUCGUGAAAUCGAGCUCGGUUCAUAUUCCGCCUUCGAUUGAUACGAGAAGUUGCAUCGCUCAUUUGCGAACCAAUAGUUUCGUCGGCACUGAAGAAUAUAUUGCGCCAGAAGUAAUCCACGGAUGUGGCCAUACAAGCGCUGUAGAUUGGUGGACACUUGGUAUCCUUAUCUAUGAGAUGCUGUUUGGUACAACACCUUUCAAGGGAUGCAACCGAAAUGAUACCUUUACUCGCAUUCUACAUUCCGACGUGCACUUCCCUCCUUCACGACAAAAUCAACGUCACCGUAAACAUCAGCAAAUAUCUUAUCAAUGCAAGCAGUUGAUCCGGUAUUUACUCAAUAAACAAGAAGAUAAAAGACUUGGUUCUAUCGCCGGCGCUUCCGAUGUGAAAGCCCACCCCUUCUUCAAAUCGAUUAACUUUGCUCUGCUCCGACAUAUGACACCACCUAUUACGCCCUAUAAUACGCAUAUUCACCAUCCCCAACUCUCGCGAAAAUAUAGUGACAGCUUUGAAUUAGACCAAACCGAAUCCAUGCAUUAUCAAGCCCCACCUUCAGAUCCAUUUGCAAGGUUCAAUUCAGUGACAUUGUAUCACGAGGGUGACUCUGAUUCGGAAAGCGUGAUCUAUCCCGAACAUUAAUAAGCGACCCAUGAUACAGGGGCACAAGCUUGCAUUGCAUUAAUCUCUUCCUUUCCCACAACUCAUUUCAAAACAGGGCUGGCAUUCCCCUUACGUGUAUAUUGUACUUCAAAAAGAAACCAAAGAAUAUCUGGCAAAUUAAUUUCAUACUAUAAACAUCACCAUUGUUUGGUACUCGCUGAUAAAAAAGAUCAGGAUUCUCUGCGCCUAC